AUGGAUCUUCCUGAAGAUCAAGCUCCUGCACCAUUUGCAGAGUGGAGCCCGGAAGCUUUGAUCGAAUUUAUGACCAAUCGUAUUUGCAGAAGGUUGAACAGAGCUGAUAUUCGAGGAAACGAGACAGUGCGCAACAGGCUUUGGGGCCAACACUCCGUCCUGUGUUCUCUUUUGCAGACCUGCGUGGAGAACGAGCGCAAUGCUGGAGUGAGGCGCCGCGCUCUCGAUAUGAUGCUGAAUAUCAGUGACAUCUCCCCAUCGUCUUCUGAGCUAGAAAGGCGUGAUGACGCCAUGGAAGAGGCUGAAGACAAUGAGACCGAAAGUGAGCGCAGGGAUGAUGUCUCGACUUUGAGUCAGGAGCGCGGCUUGGAGAUUACUCUUGCCACGAAAUGCGUUUUGUUGCUUUCGAAGAUCGUCAUCGAGGUCUUUUGGUUUUGUACGCUCGUUGCUAGCAUCGCCAGUGCUGGGAAGUUUAGGGAUGGGUACUUUUCGGACCAAUGCAUCGAGCGUGUCUUGGAGACACAGACCGAGAAGGAGCCCGAGACUUCCUUUGGUGUUCUCCGCACCGAGAACCUGCGGCUGCAAGACAUCGUGAGAGACCAAGAAGCUGAACUAUUUGAUCUCCAAACCCAAUGCACGGCGCAAGAAGAAGAAAUUGAACAGCUCAUCGACAUCCGAGAGUACAUGAGGAUUGAGAUGCGCGAGAUCGACACCGAGUACAAGAAAGCCCGCGACAACUGGAUCGAUGCACACAACCGCUUAGCUGCGGUUCGUGACCAGCUCUCCAGAAACUGGAUCCCUGAUGCGGUCAUCACGACCAGGACCGGCAAGUCCUACCACACCCAUCCUGACUGUCAAGCUUUGGCAACGGCCGAUGCGCCGCAGCUGAAGCAGUGGAACUGCUGUGCAAAUGCUCUGGAGACUGGCACAACGCAGCUUGGCCUGCCGGGACAGGUGGAGCUCCGGCAGCGUCUACAAGAGCUGAGCCCCCAGGAUCAGCAGGACCUCGCGCUGGUGGUUCCUGACUUGCAGAGGGGCGACAAAGUGGCCUUCAAGCAGAAGCUGAGCGUCAUGGUGCAGAAUGGCGGAAAUGACCGUAUUCGACGUUGUCUACAAGGCCUCACGGAGGUGGGAUUCGACGCCCUGGAGAUUCAGCGCUGGCUCCAGCAAGAUGCGCCGCUGCCCAGGUCUCGAAGGACCUCUCCGCUUGGGGUGAAUGCGAUUGGUGCUCCUCAGUCGGCGGUGCUGCCGAAGGAGGCCAGCACCAACCUGGCGGCAGAAGAACAGCUUAGAGGCCAAGCAAAGAAGGCAGAGGCCAAAAGCGCUUUGCGGAAAGAGCUAGCACGGCGGCUCUCCAAAGGCAUGCAGGCCUUUCAGAAGGUGAUGGCGCUGGAGCAGGAUGAGGCUGGUCUGAAGCAACAACUCUGGGCCGAGCAUCAGCGCGUGGAUCGCCUGGAGGAGGCCUUGCAGAGAGAGGAGAAGCAGAGAGACGAGGUCAUGAAGGAGAACCUCGAACUGAAGAAGGAGAUGCAGCAUGAGGCACAGGUGAACGAUCAGACCGCCCAGCGGCUAGAUGCUCUUGAGAAGGGCCACAGUGCCGGCGCUGAGACUCGUGUCCAAGCACUGGAGGAGGAGAAUGUGAAGUUUCGUGCUGCGCUGGCAGGGGCUGCCCGGCGGUUGAUCAACUUGGAGGCGGACGUGACGAGCCAAAGGCAAGUGGCGGCGGGCCCCAAAGUUGUGCGACACCAGAAGCAGCCGAUGCAGCCAGCGAGCUAA